GCAAGGAAGCCGUUUCAAAGGCAAAUCCCACCUACUACUACUACUACAGCUGAGAGAGACACCGGAGAAAAUGGCUUCCAAGAAACUGGCCACUGGAAUAGCUGGUUUAGCAGUGGCAACCAAUCCACAUCAUACACUAGGAGUGUUGUAUGGCAAAAUUCUUCGCUGCUUGCAAAAAAUGCCUGCGGAUUCAUCUUACAGAAAGUACACUGAGCAGAUAGUUACAGAACGUCAUAACCUUGUUAAAACAGAACCGGAUGUUGCUAAAUUGGAACAGGCAAUCAAUUGUGGCCAGAUUGAAGAAGUUAUUGUUCAGGCAAGCAGUGAGCUUAGUUUGGCCCGAAAGAUGCUGGAGUGGAAGCCGUGGGAACCUCUUGUUCAGGAACCCCCCAAGGGACAAUGGAAUUGGCCUUUGUAAGAUGAUCUAGAUUUUGCAUUAUUUAAAUAUGUAUUUCUGUAUACUAGGUUAAUAUUUUGAUCUAGAUCAGGUCCUGUACAUUACUGUGGAUUCAUGCAAGAGAGUAAUACUGUAAUAUAGGUGAAAUUUAUAGAUAAAAUAGUAAUGACUA